CCACCAGUCUAAUCUAAAAUCCAAUCUAGAAGUAAUCAACACCACCGACUUCCCCCACAUAAGAAAGAAGAUAUCCUCUCUCUCAUCUCUCUUUCUCUAGAAAUCGGGAUUAGGGUUCCUCCGACGAUUCCUCUAAAGAUGAUGCAACCAGGACAUGGAGUCACUCCAAUCCCCUUCGACCGUCAACAACAACAGUAUCAGCAGCAACCACCGCUAUCGCAGCAGCAGUGGAUGAUGAUGCCGCCUCAGCAGCAGCAGCAGCCACAACAACCACCACCGCCACAGGCGUAUCAGCAACCGCCACAACAACCGCAGGCUUAUGCUCCGCCGCAGCAGGUGUGGGCCCAGCAUCCACCUCAGCAGAUGGCCGUGCCACCUCAGCAGCAGCAGUAUACGGCCGUACAACAAACCGGUUCGAACGAAAUCAAGUCGCUUUGGAUCGGGGACCUGCAGGCUUGGAUGGACGAGAACUACGUCUACAACUGUUUUGCUCACACCGGACAGGUCAUGUCGGUGAAGGUUAUUCGCAACAAGCUAACUGCGCAGCCUGAAGGUUAUGGUUUCAUAGAGUUCACAAGUCGUGCUGCGGCAGAGAGUAUAUUACAGACAUACAAUGGUGCACUGAUGCCAAAUACUGAACAGAGUUUCAGAAUGAACUGGGCUACUCUUGGUGCUGGUGAAAGGCGGGCCGAUGACACUCCAGACUAUACAGUAUUUGUGGGAGAUUUGGCUGCUGAUGUUUCUGAUUAUUUGUUACAAGAAACAUUCAAAGUUAACUAUCCAUCGGUAAAGGGUGCAAAGGUUGUCACUGACAGAAUGACCGGGCGUUCCAAGGGUUAUGGAUUUGUCAGAUUUGGAGAUGAGGGUGAACAAUUGCGUGCUAUGGUAGAGAUGAAUGGAGUGCUCUGUUCUACCAGGCCCAUGCGGGUGGGGGCUGCUGCUACCAAGAAACCUGUUGGUAGUCAGCAAUAUCAGAAAGCUACCUUCAGUCCUCAAGCAAGUCAAGGCGAGACCGAUCCAACUAACACAACAAUAUUUGUUGGUGGUUUGAACGAUAGUGUCUCAGAUGACCAUCUGAGACAAGUGUUUGGCCAGUUUGGUGAGUUGGUUCAUGUGAAAAUACCAGCAGGCAAGCAUUGUGGCUUUGUUCAAUUUGCUGAUAGAGCUUGUGCGGAGCAAGCGCUUUCGACGUUGAAUGGCACUCAGUUAGGAGGACAAAAUAUUCGACUUUCGUGGGGUCGCACUCCUUCGAGCAAACAGGCUCAGCCAGAUCAGUCUCAAUGGAAUGGUGCAAAUUAUGGAUAUGCCCAAGGAUAUGAGGCAUAUGGUUAUGCACCCCCUCCUCAAGAUCCUAACAUGUAUUAUGGGGCCUACCCCGGAUAUGGGAAUUACCAACAGCCACAGCAGUGAUCUGUUGCCACCCAUAGAGAAGUGGAGCACUGUUGAUGGAUCCAUUCGGUUCAUGUUUGACCUAGUUAGCAGCAAGUCACCCAGUCAUAAUCAAUGUUGCUGUGAUUUGAUGGUGCAUGUUUGUGGAAUUAGCGCGCUCAGAGAAUUUUACUCAGCUUGCAUGUUAUUUCUCUUUUUGUUGCCCGUGUUUUGUGUUUUAUCUGUUCGUUGGGAUUCUACCGGAGUUUGUUCCAGUCUAUGAUGAUAUUGUGCACUUAUACUGUAAUAGCAAUUAGCUACUAAAACUUGUCUAAAUUAUGGAGUUGGAUUAAUUAUAAUUUAUUAUCCUCUCUCCUUUGAGUGUUUGGAUUUUUC